CCGGCCAGUCGCGCGCCUCCGCGGCCCACCCCGACCACACCGCGUACCUCGCCGACUGCUCGCCACGCGGCUUAUUCUACCGACCACAUUGACUUAAAAGAAAGCCCACUUUCCGAACGACCAGGACCAUCAGCACGAUCUCGCUCAAUGAUUUACCUGUGAUAUUCGUACAAGCAAACGACACCGCAAGUCAUGCGGGCACGGAAAAUACCGCGAGCCGCCUCGCAGUCUCCCGCUCUUCCGUGCCGAGCACAUACUUUUACAUUAUGAGAGACAUUCAGAGCGUACCUGACACAUGUACAAAAAUUUUCGAUAUGUCAAUUCAAGAGGUGAACGGUAAGGGACCUAAAAAAAGGAAAAAGUCAUUGGAACAAAUCUGUGAUAACGAGGGGCAACGUGCGGAGUUGAAUGAGAAUGCGAGAGAGGAAAAUGAGGAAGGAAGUGAAAAGAAUGCUGGUCCGAGAUCUAGUCGUGCGGAGGUCGGAGAAGGCGUGGAGCUGCUGCAUUGGCGCGAUAUGCCGAAGCACCUGCAGUUCAACCCUUACGUGCUGACUGGCUACCGUCCGCUGCAGAGCUGGGGCGGUUGCGUACGCAGUCUCUUUUAUUUCCACAAUGAGACGAUUAAUAUUCUUACACAUGGCGUGUCUUUGGUGUUCAUGAUAGCUGUUCUUCCCGGCCUUUUGCCAUGGAGCGGCGGGGGCGCAGGUGCCUGGUUUCUCUCGAUGUGCCAUCUCCUCGGCGCAUUGGCACCCUGGUGUGGCUCCUUCCUCUACCAUCUCUUCAUGAACCAUACCCAAGGAGCAACCCUUUACCACAGACUGCUUCAGCUUGAUAUGUUGGGCAUCUGGGUCAGUCAGAGUAUCGGUGCAAUUCCGAUGGUGACGGCUACGGUAUACUGUGCAUCCGCUCCCCUGCGCUACGCCGCGCUCGCCGUCUACUGCCUGGGGAGUCUGCUGGGCCUUUAUAAAGCGAUGCGAGCUUGGUCACCGUGGGAGCGGAGGCUUUGCUUUGCGGCCCCGUUCUGCAUGCGACUGCUGUUAGCGGGAGCACGGACGGCGCGUCUCGGCGGCGGUGAUCCGCAUGCUAUCCUGCAUGUUUUCUUACAGGAUGCAGUAUCCUUGGGCGGUGGUGUUAUCGGAGCACUACAUAUCCCGGAGAAAUGGUUCCCGGGAUCUGUGGACCGCUGCCUCAAUUCGCACAACAUCAUGCACGUGUUAGUCGUGCUAGCUGUGUACUCCAUGCACCAGGUGACAACGAAAGACCUGGCUUGGAUGUCAAGCGUAGACUGCAGAGCCCCGCUUCACCAGCUCUGACGCAAGACCGACCUGUUAUAACUCAUAACCCCAAACAUGUAGUAACGCUCUUAUGAAGUGACUGUAUAUGACUUACUUGGCGAUAAAAUACACAUAUAACUUAAUUUAAUUUAUUAACGAGUUUAGAACGCAAUGUAACUGUUUGAUCAGUUGGUUAAAUAAUAAAUACCAAACCAAUAUAGAUCUUCCAAUAAAUCGCCAAGGUAGUCUAUGUUCACCCUUGUAAGCGAGCCUGUAUUGAAGUGUGUCAAUAGUUUUAAUGAAUGCACAGGUAGGAAAGAAACUAAUAGGAAAACGAAAGUUGUCUUUUAAAUAUAUUCUUCGGAAAAUAUCGGAUAUGUUUUCAAUACAGUAUUUCAAAUAAACAUACAACACUACAAGUUCUACGAGUCAUAUUAUAUAAAAGAAUCAAAAAUGCUAAUAAAUGCAAAAGGAAACCAAAGUUAAGAGACAAUAUAAUGGCCUAUCGAUUCGUUUUCCGAACAGAAAUGUAACGUGAUAAAGCAUUUUUAAUGUUUUGAUAUAUUAUCGGAAUAACAUUUAAACCAUACGAAGUGAAUCGUGAUCUGUUUUUAAUAGCUAUAAUAAUGAUAGACUUAAGAUAAUGAGUACAAUUAACGAUAUUGUUCUACACAUUACUGUCCGAAACCUUCCGUUGGCUUUAUACUAUAAUUAUAAAAUUAAUCAUAAAUCACAAGGUGUAUUUUCCAAAACCAGUCCCUUGAUGUAAGUAGAUUUAAUUCUAAGCCUAAAGUGCUUUGUUCAUAAGACGCUAAUUGUAGAGUCGUUCGUGAAAUAGAAUUUCUUAUAGGCAAUAAAAAGUAAUUCUUAAAAAAUUUGACAAUAUAACAAUAUUUUAGACGCACCAGUAGAUCUGCAGUAACACAUCAUUCUAGACUAGGGGAACUCGUCGCUUUUAAUUGUAUUUUAUUUUAAUUAUACAGUACUAGUGACAUAACCAUAACUAAAUUGUUUAUUAAAAAUGACGUGAAGUUGUAAAGCGCUAGAGUAGGAGAAUAGUUAUAGAAAUCUUAAGAACAAUUAAGAAAUUAAGUAAAACUGGAAUAUAUUUCACUUCGUAAAGUUUGUCAAGAGUUUGGGAAAUGCUUUCUUCUUUUCGAAUCACUUUUGAGUUUUGAAUAAAGCGCUGUUUUCUCUCUUUUUAAUACAGUUCUAGAACUGAGGGCAUUUGAUCGCUUAGCAUCUAUUUCGUAGCUAGCAAUCUUUUAUUAGAACGCAAAUCUAUACCUUGUGAUG